AUGAGGUGUUUUUUGUAUGCUUAUUUUCUCUGUCUGUGCCUUCUCUUCUCUUUGGAGAAGGGCUGUGCCUUUGAAGGAAGGAAAAUUGCUGAAAGCCAGCAUAGCCAUACCAUUGAAGUCAGCUCUCUAUUUCCCUCCACUAGCUGCAAAGCUUCCACCAAAGAUCUCAACAGCAAGAAUAAGGCAUCUCUGAAGGUAGUCCACAAGCAUGGGCCAUGCUCUGAGCUAUAUCAAGACAAGCCAAAUGCUGCCCCAACACACACAGAGAUACUUCUUCAAGACCAAACAAGGGUCAAUUCAAUUCAUUCUAGGCUCUCAAAUUCCAGGACCUCAGGCGGGAAUGACAUGAAGGUGACUGAUUCAACCACCGUCCCAGCCAAGGACGGUAGCUCAGUUGGCGCAGGCAAUUAUGUUGUGACUGUUGGACUUGGCACACCCAAGAAGGAACUCUCACUAAUUUUUGACACUGGCAGUGACAUUACUUGGACGCAAUGUCAACCCUGUGUAAAGUCUUGCUAUAGGCAAAAAGAGCAGAUAUUUGAUCCGACUAAAUCAACAUCAUACGCCAACAUUUCAUGUUCCUCACCAGUCUGCAAUUCACUCAACUCUGCAACAGGCAAUACUCCUGGCUGUGCUUCCUCAACAUGUGUCUAUGGCAUCCAAUAUGGGGACUCCUCCUUUUCGGUAGGAUUCUUCGGUACCGAAAAGCUAACCUUAACAUCUGAUGAUGCUUUCGAAAAGGUGUACUUCGGUUGUGGCCAAAACAACCAAGGUCUCUUUGGUGGCUCGGCGGGACUACUUGGCCUAGGCCGUGACCAACUAUCUAUUGUGUCACAAACUGCUUCAAAAUACAAAAAAAUCUUCUCCUAUUGUCUCCCAUCCUCCUCUAGUUCAACCGGAUUCCUAACCUUCGGUGGCUUGGCUUCAAAGAGUUCUAAAUUCACACCGCUUGCGACUAUAUCAGCUGGCCCCUCCUUCUAUGGCCUAGACUUUACAGGAAUAAGUGUUGGCGGGCGAAAACUACCAAUCUCUGCAUCAGUUUUCUCAAAUGCUGGCGCACUCAUUGAUUCAGGGACUGUCAUUACAAGGUUGCCACCGGCAGCUUACUCUGCUCUUCGUGACUUGUUCAGGAAAUCGAUGUCCAAGUAUCCGUUGACCAAGGCACUGUCGAUACUUGACACUUGCUAUGACUUCAGCAAUUAUCCCAACAUCUCGGUGCCUAAGAUUGGUUUUUUCUUUAGCAGUGGGAUUGAGGUGGAUAUUGAUGCAAGGGGGAUUUUCUAUGCGAAUAGCAAAUCCCAAGUCUGCCUGGCUUUUGCUGGAAAUAGUGAUGCAACUGAUGUGCUCAUUUUUGGAAAUGUGCAGCAAAAAACACUGGAAGUUUUCUACGAUGGCUCUGCAGGGAAGGUUGGAUUUGCUCCAGGGGGUUGUACCUGA